AUGGCGCAACACUCUGAUAUUGCCCGGUCAGCCAUCCUCACAUCGGCCACUGCGCCGGAGCAGCGAGCGGACCAGAGAAAUAUGAACGGUGGCUCCGAUUCGGGAAAAGAAGGGACUCUUAUGCCCCCUCCGAAGACUGUGGUCAACCGAGCGCUAGGUAAUGACCUGCAUUCCGAUUCCCACAAAUCCUCGCAGCCGCCCAAGGGCGGAGUCGGAACUGCCCUGACGGACACUCCGGUUUCUACCGCACCCCCGUCUCCACAGAUCCUGGGCCAGAAACAGCCCGCCGGGACUCCCGCUCGAGUCCGCGCGACUACCCUCGACAUCCCGGGCCUGACCAAGUCCAAGGUCUCGCCCGAUGGCCGCAUCGCCCAGCGUGAUGUCGGCGCGAAGCUGGUCAUCGUGAUGGUCGGUCUUCCGGCCCGUGGCAAGAGUUACAUCACCAAGAAGCUGGCCCGGUAUUUGAACUGGCUGCAACACGAUACCGAAAUCUUCAACGUCGGACAGCGCCGUCGUGUGGCCGCGGGAAAGUCCCCAUCACCCAUCCCACAUGAACGCAAGCCAAGUACCGUCCACAAGGACCUGGUUGACUCGGUGCGUCGCUUGAGUGUCAGCGUCGGCACCACGCUGAACCCGAGUGAAUCCUCGCCUCCGGAGAAUGAGGCACCCCUUCCUCCUCCUGUCGUGCCAGCCAAGAUUCUGGUAAAUGGAGAGGAGCCUGGUCAGGUCUCCGAGAAUGGAAGCACUGUGGUACCGUCAACCGAUGCGGGCCCCGCGCUAUCUCGCGACGAUGAAGAAGCUAUCAAUGAAGCUUCUCCCGAGCCCAUGGACCAAACCGCCAACUUCUUUGACCCACAGAACCAGCGUGCCGUCAAGAUGAGAGAGCAGGUUGCUCUGGACACCCUAGAUGAGCUGCUUGAUUACAUCCUCGACGAGGGCGGCAGCAUAGGUAUUCUCGAUGCCACCAACAGCACCAUGGAACGCCGCAAGGCAAUUGUCGAUCAUAUUCGCCAGCGUGCCGGCUCCGAGCUCAACAUCCUGUUCCUCGAAAGCUCUUGCGUUGACCAAGAUUUACUCGAGGCUAACAUGCGUUUGAAGCUGUCUGGCCCCGAUUACAAGGGUCAGGAUCCCACCGAGGCACUGGUCGAUUUCAAGAAACGUGUGGCUCUCUAUGAGAAGUCUUACGUGCCACUUGGUGAAUAUGAGGAACGGAACCGCAUGGCCUAUAUUCAAAUGAUUGACGUCGGUCGCAAGGUUGUUGCUCACCAGACCCAUGGCUUCCUAUCUUCGCAGGUUGUUUACUACCUGCUCAACUUCAAUCUCUCUCCCCGCCAGAUCUGGAUCACUCGACAUGGCGAAAGCAACGACGAUGCCGCUGGACGCAUCGGUGGCGACUCCGAUCUCAGCCCGAAUGGUCGGAAGUACGCCAAGGCUCUGGCCCGCUUCGUCGACAGUCAACGCCAGCAGUGGGAAAGCUACCAGCGACAAAAGGACCUCCUCGCACACUUCCCGCCCCGCCCCGGUGACAGUACUCCCCCCAACCCAUCCUACACCCCUCGUGAAGGACCGCGCAACUUCUGCGUGUGGUCCUCGAUGAUGCAGCGCUCCGUCCAGACUGCGGAGUAUUUCAACGAGGAUGAUUAUGAUGUCAAGCAGAUGAGGAUGCUAGACGAAAUCCAUUCCGGCAAAAUGGAAGGUAUGACCUACAGGGAGAUCCAAGAGACAUACCCCGAGGAGUAUGCCCACCGCAAGAGGGACAAGCUCUUCUACCGCUACCCCGGCCCUGGCGGAGAAAGCUAUCUCGACAUCAUCAACCGAUCCCGGGCCGUCAUCGUCGAGGUGGAACGUACGACCGACCAUGUGCUGCUGGUCGGCCACAGAUCCGUUGCCCGCGUGCUCCUAGCCUACUUCCGUGGUCUGAAGCGUGACGAGGUCGCCGAUCUGGAUGUCCCCAUGGGUGUCCUGUACAUGCUUGAACCCAAGCCUUAUGGGGUCGAUUUCAAGGCCUACCGGUACAAUACCGAGACCGACUGGUUUGACUACCUGCCUGACUAUGAGCUGCACCAGGUCAAGGCUUUGACAACCCACUAA